AUGAAAACUUUUAUUGCUAUCAUUGGUCUCCUUGGUCUCUCUCUUGUAAACAGUGCUCCUUUACCUGGCACUCAGCCUUCAAACAACACCCUACAGGCAUUAGUCCCGGUAUCCCACACAAUUCUCGGCAUGUACAAUAAUGGCAUUGAUCCAAGCAUGAGCAACUAUACUGCUAGUGCAAGCAUCGAACUAGUCAACCCUCCUCAACCUACCGAGGCUUCUGAAAUCACCGUUCAAUAUUUUUCUUCCGAUGCUACGUCCAUGCCCACCCCUACUAAUGGUGCACUUCUCGCGACUGCAAUGGCAGUAACGACCAUAACCUUUAUUAUAGCCUUUUAA